CCCAAAACCGAAACCCCGGUCCCCUCUAAAACCCUAAAUUGACAUUCUCUUCACUAAAAUCUUUUAGGACAAUUAGGGUUUAGCUCUUGAAACCUUUCUUCUCAACAUCGUAACUCUAAAUUCCACAAUUUUUAGUUAUUUUUAGCUGACGCCAUGGCUUUAUCUAUGAAAGCUUCUACGAAUUCCCCAAAACCCAGUUUCCUAAUUGGCGAAAACUACCAUCUUUCUCUAAAACAAUCCAUGGAAGACCUUUUAGCUGAAACCCACAAAAAAACCCCAAAUUUCUCUGGUUUCAUUGAUAAAUUCCACAGUUUAAUGCAAGCAAAAUUCGACCCACCACUGGAAUCAAUCUGGGUAUACACUGCUUUGUCGUUUCGAAGCCGUAAUUUCGAAAAAGGAGAUCCUUUGAAUCGAUUAUCAAUCAUAAAUGAUCUCUUUCAGCUAGUUUCUUCUUGCUCAAGUCCCUGUAAUUCUUCCAAAAGCAUAGCAUUGCUUGCACCAAUUGUUUUCGAGGUUUAUAAAUUAGUUGUGGAAGUACUAGGAAAGGACUCAAGGAAAGUGAAUAAAAGGAUUAAGUCUCUUGUUGAAGUGAUCAUUGGGUAUAUAAGCAUGUGUUGUUGUAAGGGUUUUAGUGAGGAAAGUGAAAACAUUGAUAUGGAUUUGGUGAUUCCAGUUGAGGAUUUAGUUUCUAUUUGGAUAGAUAGAAAUGUAAAUUUACAAUCUUUUUUGCCAUUAGUGAGUAGUGAGAUUUGUGGAAUGAUUAGUGAAAGAGGGUUUAAUGUGAAUUACUUGGCUGGUGUGGUUAUGGUGGAAGCAUUUUUGUUGAAACUUUGCUUGGAUUUAAGGAUUGGGAUUGAAGGGAUUGUGUUAGAAAAAGAGCUAAAAAGUUGGGCUGUCGCUUCAAUUUCCAGCUUUCACAACUUUUAUUUCUUUGAAAUGCUUACGAGGAUGUUGCUGCAGCCAGCUUUGCCAGUGACUGCCUUGGUGGGACCCGAAGAUGGAAAUCUGCUGAAAAAUAUUCUGUAUGAUGCUGUUAUUUUGGUAGAGUACACUUUCCUCAAGUCCAAGACAGUUCACCUAUCAAAUGAGCACGUAAAAGGUAUUGCCAUGACAAGAUUGGUUGUCACGCUUGAGGCCAUCGAGUUAUUCAGAAAAAACAGGGAUCAAAAAAGAGCUACUUGUUAUACAAGUGCCUUUGCGAAUUCCCAUUUACAUUCUCAAAUAACCAAAUGGAUCUCGACCCUGAUCAGCUCAGAUGAGAAAGCCGGAGGAGUAAGUGGAUCCUCACCUAAAGCUCUUAUAAAGCGGCUAUUGAAGCUUGAGAAACAAGGGAUAAAGCUAUUCAGCAAUAGCAUAUUGAAAUACCAUGCAAAAUUACUCGUCGGCGAUUCCAAGGAAGUUGAUGAGCAAUCGGUAACAAAGGUAGAGGAGAAGAAACUCGAGGAUGAUGAACCGUUGUUUUCCCUUGAUGACAGAGAAGAUGAAAAAAAUGAAGCUAUGACAGCAGCAUAUGUGGCUGCCGCCCGAUCGAUGAGGCUGAUAAAUGAUAACUCGAGGGAAAAAAGAAAAGGAAGUGAGGGUGAAGAAAAGGAAAAGAUCAAGUAUUUUAAGUAUGAUCUUUCAAGCAAAUCUAAAGCAGCUAAAGAGAAGGUCUCGGUUUCAGGCUCGGACUCGGGUGCCUCUGAUGAUGAUAUGAGCAGUGACAGUGAAGUUGAUAACCCGCUCGUGUAGGAUGAUGCGUCUCAUGUGAAUGCCGAGAUGAACGGCGACGACAAAAACAACAAUAACAAAAAGGAAAUUAAUUUGAUCAUAAUUUGUUGAAAGGAACAUAAAUCUAAAGAGCAGAUCAUAUUUAAAGCACUAAGCUUGGAUUAUUGUUGCUGUUAGGAAAAAAAUUUGGCUUGCAAAAUAAUUUUUUAAAGUAUGGUUUUUUACUCGUUAAUAGAUAUUGAUUCAUUA